GGGUGAUUGGAAAUCAUUGCUUUAUGAUGGUGGGAUUCACAAGUUUUCUUGCGUUUUCCAUGUUCUGAAAAGCAGAGUUGGAAUGAUGGGUCAAUGAUGGUGGCAGGGUGGCAGGUUGCACGUUGAAGAUUGGUGUCGCAACUUUACCUGCGAAUUCAGGGUUGUCCAUGGCGACCAAGGUGCCAUAUUCGAAGGUCGGAGAAGGUCCAUGCAUCUGAAGCGAAACAUUACCUUUGACCGUUUGAAGAAGAAAAUCCACGAAAGGUUGAAGCUGCAAAGGAACCAGAUGAUUUCUAGAGUCAGCUCUAGAUUUAUGACGACACCGAAUCCCAUUUUUUUACGCAUUUUGAGAUAGUUGAUAAUGUUGAUGUUCAAGUCAUGAUGGAUGCAUUUAGUCAGCAGUCAUAUAUGGUUCAGCUGGAGUUGUAUGUUGAAGUUACUGAAGCUGGAAGUUCAUCAAUGUCAGUGCCGACGUAUCUGUCGUCUACUCAACCGAGACCCACUGAAGACGGUGGUAGACAUGUUGUUGAUGAGGAGCUUCUUGCAGAACCAUAUACUGUGCCUUUUAGCGUUAUGAGUAUUGAAGAGGCCAAUAUCGUCGUUCCUUCGGAUGUCGCAAUUAAUUUGGGCGAUGAUUAUGACUACCGCCUUGACAAUGAUAAUGUGGACGGUGAAGUCAUUCCUUCAGACGAUGACCACAAUGAAGAUGAAAGAAUGCAAGAAGGAGGUGACGAGUCUGACACAGACGAAGAGGGAGACCGACACGCUAAUCCUCAGCCUCAGAUGACACCUCAUCCUGCUGAUCAACCUGCGGCACCAGUGAAUGUCAAUGUUGAAACUCAAGGUAUGUACAAUCAACAUAUCUCAUCAAGCGUUGUUUUUUAUAAAUAUAUGGUACUUGAUAUAUUUCUAUAAUUUUAUAGGCCACCCAAACACGGCCCCAUUCUGGAGUGCUUCUUCGCAUUAUACAUAUAUUAACUGGGAUCACCCAGAUGAAGAAACUGAUUUUUAUUCUGAAACGGAUGUGAAUGGAUCAUGGAAGCUUGGUGAUGACUUAUGUAAAUGGUUGAUUUUUGAAAACAAGCGUGCUGUACAGGAUGCCCUGUUACACUAUUGUCUUAGACUAAAUCAAACUUAUAAGAUGAGUGAAUCCAAGCCAUAGUACUUUACUGCAAAGUGUCAGAAAUCCGUAGAUGGCUGCCCGUGGAGGAUAAGGGCACAUCUAUCCAAGAAAAUUGGUAAAUGGACCAUAUCCAAAUGGGGGGGUUCGCAUACGUGCUUAAAUGCGAUGACUUCUCAAGACCACAAGAAGAUGACGUCCACCUUCAUGUCCAACUACAUUCUUGGCAUGGUAAGUGCCCAACCAACUAUCCCUAUUUCCCUCAUACAAGAGAGGAUAAGUGGUCAGCUCAAUUAUAAGGUGUCAUACUUUAAAGCUUGGAAGGCGAAGCAAAAAGCACUUGCUCGCGUGUUCGGUGAUUGGGAGGAGUCUUACGACCUGCUCCUUAGGUGGUUGGAAUAUAUGCUGAGGUUUUCCCCUGGAUCCCAUUACGAGUUUGUCACAACUGACUAUAAGGACCAGUAUGGCAAUGUUGUUCCUGAUUUCAAGAAAUUUGGUCGAGUGUUUUGGACGUACAAACAAUGUUGUGACGCAUUCAACUAUUGCAAGCCAAUGAUACAAAUUGAUGGCACAUUCCUCUACGGAAAGUAUAGUGGAACUUUGCUUAUUGCCACGACACAGGACGGGAACAGUAAUGUGUUGCCUUUAGCUUUUGCAAUUGUGGAGGGAGAAACACUCGGUGCUUGGACGUGGUUUCUUCGUCUGAUGCGUGUGCAUGUCACCAGGAAACAAGGGAUAUGUCUAAUAUCAGACAGACACGCCAGCAUUCUCUCAGCAGUGGGGAAUCCGUCUAACGGGUGGCAGCCACCAAACGCUUAUCAUGUGUAUUGCAUUCGCCACGUUGCCAGUAAUUUCAACAACAGGUUUCACAACACAGAGCAAAAAAUAUCAUGCAUUUCAUUAAGUUGAGACGGUGCAUCCGGUACAGGUUGAAACAUCCCGAAUUGUUGCAUAACUCGAUCCGGUUGAUGCCACUCUGAAACGUGAUAGAGUACCAUUGGCACCACAGUUCUCCAUAAAUGCAUGUUUUCUCGACAACGUUCCGGAAGCCCAUUGAGAACACGAUCAGAGUACGGCUUCCACACAAACUACAUACACAAGAAGGAUAGGAAUUUAAAUGAAAAUAAAGAUAAGCAAAGUACGACAUCCACACAAGCUACUCACGUCAUUAGAACUCAAAUCGUCUAAUUUGGUACGCCACCACUCGAUUUGCUUCUUUGCCCACUUUAUUGGUUUUUCCGGGGGAGGGUCCCUCCAUCUGUUUAAUAUAUAAAAAAUGAAUGAACCAUAA